AUGGCCGUCCUUCCUAAAUGGGCUCUACCGGAGCGUCGGAGGUCGUAUGCUUUAACCGCUGCCCUGGCCGGCGUGUCAAUACUUUUACUAGUAUUUGGAAUUGGACUCAUUGUAGGUGAGUCCGGACAAAAAAAAGGAACAUUCACACCGGAUGCCCGUCUUGACGUUACUGGCGAAAAUGGUGCCGUGGCCAGCGAUGUAGAGCUCUGUUCGCAGAAGGGUGUCGAAAUCCUCCGCAAGGGUGGCAAUGCUGCGGAUGCAGCUGUCACAGUCGCGCUUUGUAUUGGUUCAAUUAACUCCCAGAGCUCAGGAAUCGGUGGGGGUGGCCAUAUCUUGAUCCGAACACCAAACGGAACUGUGGUUGAGAUUGAUUGCCGUGAAACUGCCCCCAAAGGCGCCCACAAACACAUGUUUGACAAGAAUCCGAAACUGUCAUUGUUCGGUGGCCUGGCGGUUGGUGUACCAGGUGAACUUGCCGGGUUAGACACACUCUACACAAUGUUCGGAUCGGGGAAUAUUGAGUGGGCAGAUCUUGUUGAACCUGUUGCAGAAAUCAAUGAGCUAGGAUUCGAAAUGGACGAGUCGGCAUUCACUUAUUUGCCGCUAAUCGAAAAGUACCAAGAUUUCUAUUUCGAAAAUGGUGGCUGGGGUUGGCUUUUCCCUGAUAAUAAGACGAGCUCGCAUCCUUCUCUGAUCAAACGUCCGAAUCUAGCAAAAACACUACGACUGAUUGCCCAGGGUGGUGCCCGUGUUUUUUAUGACCCUGAAGGUCCAAUUGCCCCCCAUCUUGCCAGGACGGCUCAAUGGGCACACGGCAUUAUCACUACCGAGGAUAUCGCUAACUACAAAGUGGAAAUUCGAACUCCGCUAAAUACUACAUUCAUGGGCAGAGUUGUGCACACCACUCCGAAUCCCACAUCGGGCCCGGCUAUGAUCUCGGGGUUGCGCCUGAUUGAGCAAUUGCUCACAGAAUCGAGUGCUGAUCUUUCUCCCGUUGACACUCAACGACUGAUUGAAACUAUGAAAUGGAUGGCGGCGGCAAGAUCUGAGCUGGGAGAUCCUCUCUACGUUGACAAUCCUAGAGCUACAGAGAUCACGACUCAGGAGUGGGCUGAUGAGGUUAUCAGAAAUAUCUCAGACAGUCACACCUUACCUUCAUGGAGAGACUACAAGCCAGCAUACCAAAACAAUGAUCCACACGGCACAGCACACUUUUCAAUUGUCGAUAAAGAUGGGUUUGCAGUUGCCAUGACUACAACGGUAAACACACCGUUUGGCUCUCUUCUAGCUGAUCCUGUGACCGGAAUCAUUUUGAAUAACGAAAUGGACGAUUUCUCGCAGCCUACAACUGACAACUUCUUUGAACUUGUUCCCAGUAUCUACAAUUACAUUGAAGCGGGCAAACGGCCUCUCUCGUCAAUGUGUCCCACCAUCAUUAUAAACGAUGGCAAGCUGGAGCUUGUGAUUGGCGCUGCGGGUGGAUCAAGAAUCCUGACGGCGGUCUUUGAGGGCAUCGUCCGCAUUUACGGGUACAAUCUCUCACUCCUUGAAGCCGUCUGUUUCCCCCGCCUGCACCAUCAGCUUCUUCCAGAGGAAGUAAGCGCAGAAUUUGGAAUGCCCGAUUCUGUACUCAAGUCAUUGAGCCGAAAGGGCCACAAACAUACUAGAGACGUUCCGCGAUCGGUGAUGAACGGCAUUUACAUUGACGAAGACCGAACACUGCAUGCAGUUAGUGACUACUAUCGGAAGGGUGGUAAAGGAGCAGCAUACUAG